GGAACCAUAAGCAGCUGACACGUCUAACUAUACGAACAUGUUUUGGUGUAACACACAACAUCCUCUGGGGCUCUAAGUUGUCCCUUCCCGACAUGUGUGUGUUAAGUCGUUACUCGCUCGCUCGUUUAAACCCACUAUUCGUGUGUUGUGGAAGGCAGAAUCCUUUGAAGCCCUACUAGCUGCUUUUAAAUCAUGAGUGGCUCAAAGCCAGACAUCCUGUGGUCUCCCCACCACCCGGACCGCUAUGUCAUCUGUGACUCUGAACUGGGACUGUACCGCAUUGGUCCUGUGGGCAGUGCUGAAACGAAGCCUGGCACCCUCCCGCUCUCUGAGGAAACUGCUGCUACUUUGCUAGCCAUUAACUCUGACACCCCUUACAUGAAAUGUGUGGCCUGGUACCCAAAGCAUGAGCCUGAGUGUUUACUCGCUGUGGGCCAAGCAAACGGCAGAGUUGUGCUCACCAGCUUGGGUCAAAGCCACAACUCCACAUGUAAGGAGCUGGUGGGGAAAGAGUUUGUGCCCAAACACGCCCGUCAAUGCAACACUUUAGCCUGGAACCCUGUGGAUAGCAACUUACUGGCUGCUGGGUUGGACAAGCAUAGGGCAGACUUCUCUGUGCUUAUAUGGGACAUUAGCAGUAAGUUCACCCCAGAGACCAGUGUAGCUGCUGAGAAGAUUCGUCUCUCAUCUGUGGAUUUGGACUCGAGCACAGUAGUGACCAAACCGUUGUAUGAGUUAGGCCAGAAUGAUGCAUGUCUGUCCCUCUGCUGGCUGCUUCGUGAUCCAAAGCUGCUGUUGGCGGGUAUGCACAGGAACCUUGCAAUAUUUGACCUGAGAAACACAAGCCAGAAAACAUUUGUCAACACCAAGGCCAUCCAGGGGGUGACCGUCGACCCACACUUCCAUGACCGUGUGGCUUCCUUCUUUGAGGGACAGGUGGCCAUUUGGGAUCUGAGGAAGUUCGAGAAGCCUGUUCUUACCCUCACAGAGCAGCCCAAACCACUCACUAAGGUGGCGUGGUGUCCAACUCGUACUGGCCUGCUGGCUACAUUGACUCGUGACAGCAACAUUAUCCGCCUGUAUGAUAUGCAGCAUACUCCAACGCCCAUUGGCGAUGAGACGGAGCCCACCAUCAUCGAGCGAAGCGUGCAGCCCUGUGAAAGCCAAAUCGGCAGCUUUGCCUGGCACCCGUCCUCUCAGAACCGCAUGGUGGUGGUGUCGGCAGCCAACCGCGUGAUGACUGACUUCACUGUGUUUGAGCGCAUCUCACUGGCCUGGAGCUCCACCACCUCACUCAUGUGGGCGUGCGGUCGACAUUUGUACGAUUGUGUUGAGGAUUCGGCUGAAGGCAUUGAGAGCAUGAUUGAGAAAGACAUCGCCACUAAGAUGAGGCAAAGGGCUCAGUCCAGGUAUGGACACGAUACCGUCCAGGUGUGGAGGAAUCACCUGCUAGCAGGAGGGAACGAUGUCCAGCUCAAGUCUUUAUGGUUUGAUCUGUACUAUAUGAAGCAAUGUGCGGAGGACAUGGAGCUAAAACUGCAGGGGAACAAACAGUCUGUGGUCUACUCUGGUAUUAAGAACAUUGUCAAGACCAGCUCAGGGACCACUGAGAGCCGCAGGUGCUGGGCCGGCUCGGACCGGCCGACAGAUGUACCGCGGUACCACAGCGAGGAGCGAUGCCUUGCCCUGCGGCUCUGUGGUUGGAUCAGUCGGGGUCCUGACAUCGAUGUGGAGACUUUCCUGCGAUCGCUGGAGCAGGAACAGGAGUGGGAACGGGCGGCCGCCGUCUCUCUCUUCAACCUGGACAUCCGUCGGGCAAUUCAGAUCCUCAACAAGGGAGCUACUGCUGAGAAGGGUGACCUGAACCUCAAUGUGGUUGCCAUGGCUCUGUCAGGCUACACCGAUGAAAAGUCCUCCCUGUGGAGGGAGAUGUGCAGCUCUCUGAGGCUGCAGCUGAAGAAUCCCUACCUCUGCAUCAUGUUUGCCUUUCUCACCAGUGAGCCUGGAGCCUAUGAUGGCGUGCUGUAUGAGAGCAGUGUUGCUGUGCGAGACCGAGUAGCCUUUGCCUGUAUGUUCCUCAGCGAUGCACAGCUGCCGCGAUACAUUGACAAAUUGACCAAUGAGAUGAAGGAAGCCGGCAACCUUGAGGGCAUCUUGCUCACCGGGCUGACUAAAGAUGGUGUGGAUCUUAUGGAGAGCUAUGUGGACAGAACUGGAGAUGUCCAGACUGCCAGCUUCUGCAUGUUGAAGGGUUCCCCUGGUGAUGUGUUGAAAGACCCUCGGGUCCAAUGCUGGAUUGAAAACUAUCGCAACCUGCUGGAUGCCUGGAGAUUCUGGCACAAACGGGCUGAGUUUGAUAUCCAUAGAGGCAAGCUGGACCCCAGCUCCAAGCCACUAGCUCAGGUGUUUGUGAGCUGCAACUUCUGUGGGAAGUCCAUCUCCUACAGCUGCUCGGCGAUGCCUCACCAGGGCCGUGGCUUCAGCCAAUAUGGUGUCAGCGGCUCACCCACCAAGUCAAAAGUCACCAGUUGCCCUGGCUGCAGGAAACCACUGCCACGCUGUGCCCUCUGCCUGAUGAACAUGGGCACACCUGUUUCCAAUUGCCCAGGAACUGGGAAGUCAGAUGAAAAAGUGGGCUUGACAAGGGAGAACAAACUUGCUCAGUUCAACAACUGGUUCACCUGGUGUCACAACUGUCGACAUGGUGGCCAUGCCGGCCAUAUGCUCAGCUGGUUCAGAGACCAUACAGAGUGCCCAGUGUCAGCUUGUACAUGUAAAUGCAUGCAGCUGGAUACCACAGGGAACUUGGUGCCUUCAGACAGCAGCUAGGACAGAAGACACCUGUUGCAAUCUAAAAUGAAACACCAGCCUGAAGCCGACCAGUGCAGGUUCACUGCUACACCCACCACCCAACACCUGGGAAAGGGACAAAGGGUGCCAGUGGUGUCCUCCUCUGAAGUGGCUGCUUAAAUAGAAUGAAACACCGUUAAAUUAUAGUCUAGUGAAUGUAAUGUACCAGAGUCCUAUAUGAAGAAGGGAGGCAGUGUGUGCUACUGAUCUGACUAACUGAAUCAAUAACAGAAAGGGAGCAAAUGCAAACUCACUGCUCUGCUAAUGAAAAUCCCACUCAGGAGAAAUACAAGUGGCUCUGCUGUAAUCAGCCUUUUACAGUCAAACCUGAAUCAGGGUUCUGGUUUUAUUGUAUCUAUAAAAGAAAUCAGAUGUUCACUCACACAUCAGGUUGUAAAGAUGUGAUCACAGGUGCCAAUAUGUCUUGAGCUAUAUUUUGUGGCUUGUGUUUUAAUAUUUAAUGUCCGUGUUUGUCUUACAAAAGGAUCUUCACAUACCUCAUGAAAGCAUUGUUCGGGGUGAAGGACGGUACCCCGGGUGACGGAGCAGAGUCUAGCACACAAUAACAGUCUCUUGCUCUCUUCAUGUUCCUCAGUGCCACUCUUCAUCUGGAAGUGUGCGGGAGGGGCCUCCAAUGUUAGGGGUGGUUUUGGGGGAGAGGAUGAGGAAUUAGAGAAGGUAGGGGUGGUGGGCGAGGAGGAGAACGGGAGGGGAGCGUCUGUAUUCACCAGCCCACUCCAGGCCUGUGGUCCAUGAAAGAAGCUCCCCAGAAAACAGCAGCUGCUCGGCACUCUGACAAGACCCUCCAGAUUGUUCCCCUCAUAAAGAACCUCAGCUGCCGGAACACUAUUGACUCAAAGAGAGGGCGAGAGAACAGACAGCCUGAGCCCCGUACGCCCCCUCCUGCACCCUCUGCAUACACAGACUUGCCCUCUCUUUCUUUCUCUCUCCCCCUGGUGCCUAAAUUGCACCCAAAAACUAUGCAUACCACACAUCAAUCCAAGGAUGGGCGCCGUCUGUGGGGGGACGGCCGCGUGUAAACCACAUUGUAAAUUGGAUUUCUCGCUUUCUCUGCCACCCUCCCCACACGGUCACUUACCCAGGGAGGCAUUGUAAGUGAGAGGAGGCUUGCACCAGAGCUGGCUAAAUCACUUAGUCAUGGAGUAGGGAGGAGGAGGUGAGGAGGAGUGGGGGGCACAGGAGCUACUGUAUGCUGCUUUCACCAGGAUCUCUUCCCGGUGUGGGAGGUUUUAUAGGCCUGUAUGCCCUUUUGUGAACUGUUUUGGAGUGGAGCUGACAAAUUGGCGAGCCGUGUAGCGUCCCGAAAAACAGAGUGGCUGGAAUUUCAUCCUUUCAGUGUUUCUUGUGUUUGCCUUUUAAAUAAAUUCUGACUGACAAAUUGGA